AUGGCAAAUCCAGAAGAAGGCGUUUUCCCGGUGACUUUCACUGGUGACAGUUUACCAGAGGAUGUACUCAUGGACAUUCUAUCAAGGCUUGCAGUGAAAUGUUUACUCCAACUCAGGACAGUGUCCAAGACUUGGCUUUCUGUGAUCACAAAUGCUAAUUUCAUCGACUUGCACCACCGUCGUGCCAUCACAAGCCUUGAAAACAAAGACUCUUUCGUCAUCAACUGCUUCAACAGAAAUGAUGACUCCAUUUUUCUGCUCCACCUCUAUCCUUUUCAAAUGGAUGUUGGUAUCCAGCGUCCUUACUCUCAGCUUCACUUCCGCUUUGUUCCUAAGUUGUUCGUUGCUGGUUCUUGUAAUGGCAUUAUUUGUCUCGUCUCAGAUUUCCCUCCGGAGUCUGACAGGGGCUCUCCUAUCUACCAAAACAAUGAUACCUAUCUUUGGAACCCUGCAACUAGGCAAUCCAAGCUCCUUGUGCAACACAACAUACGAGCAACCAAGUGUCUUCGCUCAUUGUGCUUCGGGCUUGGUUUUGAUCCAAUUUCAAAUGAUUUUAAGGUUGUCAGAAUGGUACACCUGGAACACUUCAUUGGUGCAGAGGUAUAUUCUACAAACACCAAUGCUUGGCGAGAGCUUGAGCCUAACACCAUGAAAUUCCCAACAUAUGACACUUUUGAUCUCUGCCUGAAUGGAUUUAUUUACUGCACAUGGUCGAGUGGCUUAAUGACGUUUGAUCUGAAUAAUGAAGUGUUUGAUUAUGAUAUCUACUACCCUGACAAUGUGCAAAAUUUUGCUGAUGAGGAACCAACAUAUUUUACUGCUCGUGUCACGGAGUUCAAAGAUUUUAUUGCUGUGAUUACCUAUAGUGAGAAUGACAGCAAUGUUUAUCAUGGCACAAUCCGCUUGUGGACCGUGGGAGAUGCAUGCCUUCCUGAUAGAAUUAAGGGAUCAUGGACUCUGAUGUUAAGUUUUGAAUCAUCUGGAAUAGAUAAGGUUUGUGGCUACUUAAACAGGUUUGAUCACAUCCUGGUAAGAACCGCUAAUCACUUGUUCUUAUAUGAUUCAGACGGAACAGAGGCACAAAAUAUUCCUGAAAUUUAUCCCUUUAAAAUUUUCAAGUACACGGAGAGCCUAGUUUCAAUUCAAGGAUCCAAGCAGGUUGAGUGGACUGCUAAAGAAGAUGAUAAUUAG